CGAUAAAGGAUGGCGGCUUGGCGCUAGGACGCCUUUGUGGUGGUGCAACUCACUCGGUGCCAACGGAGAACACAGAGAGGGCAGACAUGAUAGCAUUGCGGAGAUCGGCUUUUUCCUGAAUUAGAUAAAAAAAAAUCUAAGUCAAGGAGGAAUAUAUCUGAUGGAGAUGAAUAACCGGGUUGGAAACGGAAAUUCUGUAACUCCGAUGGACGAUGAAAAUCCUGGCAGACGGGUACACAAGGCGAUUGACGCCAACCGGUAUGCCAGCAAGAAGACCCUGGCGCAGGGCAUGCUGGACAUCGCCCUUCUUACAGCCAACGCCAGCCAGUUAAAAUACAUCCUGCAGGUUGGAAAGCAGCACGAGUUUUACACUCUGAUGGUCACGCUGAUAUCAGUCUCAAUCGUCCUUCAGGUGGUGUUGGGGUGCCUGGCGUUGUCGCUCAACAUGCUGAGGGACUGCCGGCUGCACCAGCAAGAAUACAAGAGCUCGGCCCUGUGCCUCAACUACCUGUCCCUGUCCGGCGCCUUCCUCGUCUCGGCGGUCAACCUGCUCAUCGCGGUCUUCAACCCUCGACCCUUGCACCCCGCCGCCCCUGUUUAACAGAUCGACCCCUUCCCUUGAUUGUAAACUGUGUGCGUCGAGAAACGCAAUAACAAUUAAUUUUUGAUAAUAAUGUUGAUAUGGGUUUUGUAUAAAAUUAAAUAAUUUCAAUGGAUUGAAUAAACGAUUUAAACUAUUUUUUAAAUUUCUAAAUCGUGGUGAAUUGUAAUUGAGGGAAGGGUUAGAAAUCUUUGAGACACACACACUGCAUUGGUGACCGCUUUGCCCUCAGAUUCUGGUCGGAGUUCUCUUCGUCGUGCUCGGCAACUUGAACAUCAACAAAGAGAAAGACCAGCGGAAGGCAGACGUCAUCAACAACAUCACCACCGGCAUUAUUUUCGUCAUUUCGUUAGUGAACGUCAUCAUUUCUGGAUUC